CUGGCUGCGCAACGCGGAUCGAAAUAGCCGCCCGCCCGCACCCACGGGAAACUGCCGCUCGUUUGGCGUCUCUAGCCAUCAAACAGCAACCCAAGCCCAAAGCCGGGGCCUCCGCCUCCGCGCGCCGUCGUCUCUUCCUUCCUUCCCCGCUCGCCGUCGCCGUCGCCGCAGCGAUCGUCGACGACAAUGUGGGGCUGGGGCAAACAGGAAAAGGCUCGUGACACCCGAUCGUCGUCGACAAUGUGGGGCUGGGGUGAAGAGGAAGAGGAAGAGGAAGAGGCUCAUGACGAGCAUGCCACCCGGUCGUCGCCGACGAUGUGGGAUGAAGAGGAGGAGACUGAUGACGAGCAUGACACCCGAUCGCCGCCGACAUCGUGGGACGAAAAUACUGAUGACGAGGACGUUCCUUCCGAGAGUUCCGAGGACGUUCCUUCUGGGAGUUCCGACGACGUUCCUUCCGGGAGUUCCGAGGAAGUUCCCUCCGGGAGCUCCGAGGAAGGGGAGCCCAUGUACAAUUACAGCACGGUGGAUGAGGUCAUUACUGCACUGAGAGAAGCUGGGCUUGAAUCAUCAAAUCUGAUUUUUGGCAUUGACUUCACCAAAAGCAACGAUUGGUCAGGUAAGCAUUCCUUCGGAGGAGAAUCUCUGCAUGCCAUUAGCCGCACCCCAAAUCCAUAUGAGCAAGCCAUUUCUAUUAUUGGGCGAACACUAUCACCUUUUGAUGAUGAUAACUUGAUACCAUGCUUUGGAUUUGGUGAUGUUUCUACAUGUGAUCAUUCCGUCUUCAGCUUUUACGAAGAUUACCGUCCUUGUUGUGGUUUUGAGGAGGUUCUUGACAGAUACAAACAAAUGAUUCCAUAUUUGGAGCUUUCAGGACCAACUUCUUUUGCACCUCUUAUCUACGCGGCGAUUUCAGUUGUUGAAAACAGUAACUACCAACAUCAUGUCCUCGUCAUCAUAGCUGAUGGGCAGGCAACCACCUCAAAUUCUUACAGCAUCGUAAGUCCACAAGAAGAGGCAACUAUACAAGCACUUAUUGAUGCUAGCUUCUAUCCUCUUUCAAUUGUGAUGGUGGGAGUGGGCGAUGGACCAUGGGAUGAAAUGCAGCCUGCUGAUGAAUGUAUUCCUAGCAGGGCUUUUUACAAUUUCCAGUUUGUGAACUUUACUGACAUCAUGUCAACAAGCAAGGAUAUGGAGAAGAAGGAGGCUGCAUUUGCCUUUGCAGCUCUGAUGGAAAUACCCACUCAAUACAAAGCGGCCCAAGGCCUCCUACCUCCAGAGUGGCACGAAGAAAUGGCUGACCCUUGGAUGAUCCUUCCGCCACCAAUUGAAGUCCUUGAACGUGAUGAUGCUGUUGCAGCUACCUAUGCUCCAGCCGCAAUCUUCCAGUUAACCGACGUUGGCAAUGACGCUUUGGAUGAACAGGUAUGCCCCAUCUGCUUAAGGAAUCCGAAGGACAUGGCUUUCCAGUGCGGUCAUCUGACAUGCAGGGAAUGCGGCCCAACAUUAUCGACCUGCCCCGUGUGCCGUGUCCCGAUCACGCAUGAGGCUCUUCUCGUAAGGAGGGCGCGGCCUUCUGAAGCGGAGGAUCCGCCGUUCCAUCCAAUUUGGUAUCAGGAGUAAUUAAGGAGCAAGAGGUUGGAAAGACAAUCCGGUCAAAAAAAAGGUUGAAAAGACAAAGAUACAUGAAUAGAACUUUACUUUAUAUAUGUCCGGAACCAACUAUGUUUCAGACUUCCAGUGACCUGUUGAUUGCACCGUUUAUUACUGUCAUCAUGUACAAAGUUGCAGUGGUAGUUAACUGUGUUUUUUCUGGUAAAACCUGAAUGGAAUACCAGCAAUUGUGUUACAGUA